UUUAUUUCAGCUUUUAACGUUCUCGCCGAUGGUGACCGACACUUUGCUGGAGACGAAGAGCUUCACGAUGAAAGUCAUAUCAAACAACACCUGGAAGACAAAAUUGACGUGAGCAAACUGUCGGAAGAACAACAGAGAUUCCACUAUUUCUCGAUAAGUGAUCUCAACAAAGAUAAUUUGAUCGAUGGAAACGAAAUUUUGAAGGCACUAACUCAUGAUCACUCUGAUGAUACAGGUCCUGGCGUGCCGAUUCAGGACGAAGAGGCUAUGAUCCAGAUGGUCGAUGGAGUUCUGGCGGACAUGGACAUCAAUGGCGAUGGCUACAUCGAGUUCGCGGAAUACAUGAAGAAAACUGGAAAAUCGGCACGGUCUUCGUAA